ACGUGGAGCUGUCACUGGACUGGGGCAAAAGGUUGCCAAUGGAAACCGACAGCAUAGGAUGAUAACGAGAAAACAGAGGCACAAAAAGCCGACAAGCUUCAUCUUCUACUUUCUUCUGAUUCUUUUGGAUCUCAAUUACAUAUUCUUCAUCAGCGUCACCAGCUUCUCUUCAGUCUGAUCUACAAGUACCAGAUUGCCUGUCUUCCUCCAAUUUCAUUCCAACAUUUUACCCAUUUGCUCUUCUGAAUCCAUGAAGAAAAAUAGGUAAGGGAGAUGGCAGCAGGAGAAGCAAGGGCCAUAUUGCAGCGAACUGCUAAUCGAUGCUUUGUUCAAGAAGAUGCUAAAAGAGCUCCCAAGUUAGCAUGUUGCCAAUCUUCAUGUGCAACAUCAAAAUCAGUUGAUGCUGGACCUGCUAGUGCAGCCAAUGAAUCAAAUCAGUUUAAUGUUAAUGCCGUGCCUUUUAACAGAAAAUCUUCAUUUUCGAAUCUAUCGCCUGCUUCCAAGUGGUGGUUGCAAUCACAACCUAAUUAUGGGUACCAGAAGUGCCCAACAUAUGAGAACUUGAAUUCAUCAUUAAUGGAUGAAUUGGAAACUUUGAAAGCUCUUGAUGGAAAUGAAAUAUAUAAAGGAGAAGUUACUCAAUUUGGUGAUGAGAGCCACCAUUCAUCCUCUUAUAUGCACUGUGACUUUGAGACCAAUGAUGCGAAGAAAGUUUUCAAGGACAAAAUGCAAGAGGCAUAUAUUAAGAAUUCUGAAGAAUAUUGUGAAUUAUCUGAUAUGAGGAGUAAACAUGAGACAGUAGAGAUCAAUCCCGUUGGCUGCUCAGUGUCCAAGAAAACAAAUGAUUCCUGCUUGGGUUCAGAUUGCUCUUGGAUUGAAAGUGACAAGACUGAGCCUUGGUGGCGGACUACAGAUAGAGAUGAACUAGCUUUCUUUGUUUCUCAGAAAUCUCUUAGCCAUUUUGAGAAUUGUGAUCUUCCUCCACCUCAGAAGAAGUAUCUUAGAAGACACCCAUGUAAUGCUAAAGAUGACAAAAUAAAGACGUCAUCUUUUGACUGGGAAGCCCAAUCAAGUGGCUCCUCCAACUUGUCUGUUCAUGUACGAGAAUGUUUGAAUCCUAAUCUAAUGCAUGGGAAUCAGAGACCUUCAGCCAAAGAAGAAAUUUUGCACUCUGCUUCCAACAAAUCUUCUAGUACUACUGAAAUUCAUGAUGAAAGCAUGGAGAAGCAAAAAAUCCUUGAGGGAGAUCCAAGUAGAGCUCAGCUUAUGGAAGCAUUGGAUCAUUCCCAAAAACGUGCAAGGGAAGCCGAAGAGGCAGUGAGGCAAGCUUUUGCUGAAAAGGAGGACCUUGUGAAGUUUUUUUUCAAACAGGCCUCACAGAUUUUUGCAUAUAAGCAAUGGCUUCAACUGUUGCAGCUGGAAACUCUGUACUUUCAGGCAAAUAGUAAGGAUCAGCUGGUCUCCACUCUCUUCCCCACGGCACUUCCUUCCAAGUCUUGCAAUGGAAGGAAAACACGAAAGAGAAAGCAGAAUUUUGGGGGAGACAGUCAAGAAAUGCAAGACCAGGCAAAAACAGAUGUUACAACGUAUGCUGUUGCAUUUGCCUUAGGACUAAGUCUUGUUGGGGCUGGAAUACUUCUAGGAUGGACUGUGGGUUGGAUGUCACCUCAUUUAUAGUCUCUCUCUCCCUCUCUCUCUGAAAAGGUUUGGUACAUAGUCCUUCUUGCCAUGAACAAUGGUGGCAAACGAGGGGUAUUGGUUAACAGACUGUGUAUUUACUUUUGCAGACCUGUGAGUCCUUGUGAUGUAAAUUCUUGUGUGUUUUCGUGUAAUGAAUGGAUCAAUGAGAUGAUGUACGUAAAUCUUUGUGGGGUGAACUUCAUGUGGAACAGUUUUUCUUUGUCAUUGGUUUUAGAUUCCAAAGACAAGCAA